GUUUCCAGUGUCGCGCUUCCGCUGACGCUGCCACCACUGCCUUCCCCACACACAACAUGGCGGCGCCCGUGCUGCUUCCCGCGGGGUCGGCCCUGGGGAAGCUGAGCCAUAAACAAUAUAGAGCUGUUCUGAAGAAAGAGAAAAGAAAGAAAAGGAGACAAGCACUAGCCAGAUUGAGAGAUUCCGAAAUCACAGAAAAAGAUGAAACAGUGCCUGAUGAGGAAGAACUAGAAGAAGAGGAAAAAAAGCUUGAUGCUGAAAGGCAAAAACUACACGAGGAGUGGUUGUUGAGAGAAGAAAAGGCUCAAGAAGAGUUUAAGAUCAAGAAGGAAAAGGAAGAGGCAGCAAGAAGACGUCAAGAAGAGGAGGAGAGAAAGAUCAGAGAAGAAUGGGAAGAACAGCAGAGGAAAGAGAGAGAAGAGAAGGAGCAGAAACAACAGGAGAAAAGAGAGAGAGAGGAAGCUGUGCAGAAGAUGUUGGAUCAAGCUGAAAGUCAGUUGGAAAAUGGUGCUACGUGGCAUAAUCCAGAACCCCCAGAGAACAUAGGAACAGAGAAAGAUAGAGCUAAUUGUCCCUUCUAUAUUAAAACAGGAGCCUGCAGAUUUGGAGACAGGUGUUCCCGCAAACAUAACUACCCAACAUCUAGUCAGACACUUCUCAUUAGAGGUAUGUUUAUUACCUUUGGGAUGGAGCAGUGUAGAAGAGAUGACUAUGAUACAGAUGCAAGUCUUGAGUACAGUGAGGAGGAAACCUACCAGCAGUUCUUGGAGUUCUAUGAAGAUGUACUCCCUGAAUUUAAGAGUGUUGGGAAGGUUAUUCAGUUCAAGGUCAGUUGCAACUUUGAGCCUCACUUGAGGGGAAAUGUGUAUGUUCAGUACCAGUCAGAGAGAGACUGUCAGGAGGCCCUUACUUCAUUCAAUGGACGCUGGUAUGCAGGACGACAGCUUCAAUGUGAAUUCUGUCCAGUGACAAGGUGGAAAACUGCUAUCUGUGGGUUAUUUGAACGGCAAAAGUGUCCAAGAGGGAAACAUUGCAACUUUCUUCAUGUAUUCAGAAAUCCAAACAAUGAGUUCUGGGAAGCCAACAGGGACAUACAUAUUUCUCCAGAACGGACUAAUCAGUUGGCUAAAAACUCUGAAAGGAGAAGCAGAACUAGCAAUCGUGAGGACUAUUACAGCAAGUCAAGGAGACGGAGCAGCCCCAGCCCGGAUUGUUCUUACAGAAGAAAUGGAGAGUCAGAGAGGAAAAAGAGUAGUCGCAAAAGCAAGAAAAGGCGCCGGUCCAGCAGAUCAAGGAGCUGGGAAAGAAGGCGGUCACGCAGUAGGGGGAAGAAAAGGCGAGGCCGUAGUCGCAGCAGAAGCCAUAGCCGUGCUCGCAGUAACAGUAGAAGCCGAAGUUCCUCUCGGUCCAGAAGUAGGGGCAAAAAGAGAUCGGACAGCAGAGGAAAAAAUAAUGAAACUCCCAAAACAAAGUGAGAACUAUUCCUUACCACAUGAUUAAAUGUGGUGCUAAGAACAAUCCCACUUCCUAAAAGGAAACCUGGUAGAUCUUUCUCCUAAGAAUGUUGUGCAAGGAGUUCUUAUUAAAACAAGUAAUAAAGGGACCCUGGUAGGGAUUAUGAGUUUGCUAUCAAAAAGUUGGUAAACCUUGACUACACAGAGAAAUUAGUGUGAAGUAAACUAGAAUCGCUUCAAAACUAGCUAAUCCAGAGGGGUCAAACAUGGCCUGCAGGUCAGAUCUGGCCCAUGGAACUGUUGUAUCCAGCCCACCAGUAGUCCAUUGGGCUACUGGUGCAUGCCAUAGGCUCUGCACUUCUGCACACCCUGGCACUGCCAACUGGCUAGAGUUCCAUGCCAUUGGGCAGCAGUACAGAGCUGGGGAUGUGCAACUACAUGGACAUGACUCCAUGCUGCUCCAUGGCCUUGGCUCUGUGCCCCUGUCCAAUGGCUCAGGACUCUGGCAGCCAACAGUGCCAGGGGCACGCAGCAGCAGGGAGCUGAGGGUAUGUGGCACAGAGCUGCAUUCAUGCAGUGCAGAGCUAGGGUAAUGUGGCAGCUUGGAGCUCUGCCUGGAUGUGGCUUCCUGCUGCUGCACAACUGCAUUUCCCUGCUGCUGCCAGGCCUGAGCGCUGUGCCACUGCUUGCUUGUGGCUCCUGGAUGCAGUCCCUUGGUUCUGUACUGCACAAACGCAGGUCUGUGUAGCUGCAUGCCCCUGGACCCACGCUGCCACUCGAACACGGUUGCAUGGAUCCAGUCUGGGGAGGGGUCUCUGUGGUCCAAAUCUGGUCUAGGGUUAGUCCAUACUAACUCCCCCCACUGUUGGUGUGCCCUGUGACCUCUGAAGUAUCUUCCUACAUGUGGGCAUAGUAGCCUGUGUGCUGUAAGUUCCUACCCUUCCUAACUGUGCAAUAACUUCCUGUACAGACGAGCCUCAAAUUUAACCAGAGGUUUUUUAGAAAGUUAGUGAAUGUUAAUUCUUCCUGUUGGCCUAACAAGAAAAUGAAUCCAAAGAUUUGUUAGGAAUAACAACCCAGGUUUCUCCCCCUCUAUUCUGUUGCUUCUGCACCCAGUGCCUGCCCAGUAGUAAUACUGGAGCGAAAGAAAAAUUAGGUUUCUUUCUGCCUCCCUUGCAAGUGCCACUGAACUCAUUCUGCAUGUGGGAACAGCUGUAUAGGCAUGAUUCAGUGAGGCCCCAGGCAGAUGUACAGAUGCCGUGGGGUCUGACGCAUGAUCCCCACCAUUGUGUUUCCUGCCAUUCCACACACAUGUGCCACACACAGCUGGGAUCCCCAUCAGCUGACUACUCCCUGGGACCUUGGAUCAGCUAAUGGGACUUCUAGCUGGGGAUGCACAUGGUGAUCCCCUGCAGCUGGGAGACCCAUUGACAUUGGGUUUCCAGCUGUGGGAGCUUGCAGGGGGAGCUCAGCUCAGCUUAAGCUCCCCGCUGGCACUGGCAGUAAAGUGUGAUGGGAUAUGGUUAAUCCCACAGUUGCACCUCCUGCCAUGCAUAUUUUUUGUGUAAGAACUCUAUGGCUUAUUCCUCAUUUUAUAAGUCCAUUAAUUGAUUUCACAUGUGGCCAAGUAACAGUAUGUGAUUAACUGGUUCAUCACAUAUUCUCAAGUGUAAUGUGCUAGGGGCCUAAGAGAGCGAAUAGUGAGGGAGUGCAAUGAAAUGCCUUUGUGACUGACAGAAGAAAUAUGCAAAAGAGGCAGUGCUAGGCAGAAAUGUAAAAGCAUAGUAUCUCAAUGCUUGGCCUAAAACAGGAAGAACUAAAGAUUAUUACAGAGACUCUAAAGCACAGGUCAUGUUUGAUUGAAGAGCACAAUGAUGAAUCUGAAAAUCUCAUUCUAGUUUGUGAUUUGAUGACUUCUUUAUUACAGUUCUACACACAUCUUCCUUGAACACAGGCUGCUUCGAACAAAUAGAAUGAAGGGACAAUAACUUCUAAAGUGAAAACUUAAUGUUGCUAGAGUGAUGCCAGUCAGGUUUAAAUUUAUCUUCAAUAGGAUAUUAAAUUGGUCUCUGCCAUAUCUUUGGCCGUAAAGUCAUAUUAGACGUUUAGAAGUGAAUUUACAUGGGAGACUGAGCGCUGAAAUGCUUAGCUUUGGAGGCAUCUUGAUCUCUAGUAGAAUUAACUCUGAGUUGAGGGAUGGAAUUCCCAGCCCUGGGCUGAUUAGCACAAAUCCUAUAACAUGGGACUCUAUCCCCUACAAUGAAAAUACUUAAGACCCCACUGGUCAAUAGAAUAGCAGGAAGUACUUACUGCAUUCUAGAUGGGUGCUAGGGAUUCAAGUUCUUCUAAAAUCGUAACUAAGAAUCAUUGAUUAAUAGCACCUUUUCAGUGUAGAUUUGGAAGAGACAUUUCCAAAAACUAGGAAUUAGAAACUUUGUUUUUAGAUGUUGGUAUGAAAUAAGAAUCCAUCUAGCAUUCACUUCCUACCUAAUUUUUCGCAUGUUUCAGUGACACCCUUGCUAUGCAGUAUACAAUGUAAUUAGUGAGUCACAUACUUUCUUCACCCCCCGCCCCCAACAUAAGCUUAACUUUUUCAAAAAAGAGAAGGAUUAAAUAACAUAGGCUAGGUUUUCAUGGUGCUGAUGCAUUUUACACUUCCUCCAAGAGUGUAUGUCAGAGAAAUUAAUUUCCUCUUGUCCUGGGUCAGCAGCUCUCAUAAAAGUAAAGAAGUUCCAUGCUACUAAGCAGCAAAUUAACCCUUCCACCUUGAUUACACCAGCUGGAAGAUGCAUGUGUUUGUACGUGGUUUUCUUCAUUGUGAGUAUGAACAUAUGAGAUCGAGAGGGGUGGAGGGUUGGCUCCACUUCAGUUCAUACAGUACUUUUUAAAACUAUAUUAUAUGGUAGUGAUGUGACCACUAAUGGAAUAUGGUGUCCAAUGUAUCAGUAGUUCAAAAAUAAUUGUGAUAAAUUAGGGUUCAGAGAAGAGUCAGGAGAUUGAGACGAGGGUUGGAAAACCUGCCUUAUUUUGAGGACUACCUAGAGCUACAUCUGUUAAAUUUAACCAUAGAAGGAAAGGUGUGAGAUCUUAGUAUUUUAUCUGAGGAACGUUAAACUAUGAAAUCAGGAUAAAAGAUAACAGACAAAGCAAACAAUAUCAGGAAAUGCAAGCUGAGGAUGUAAGUUAAUACAUCUAACAAAUUGAAGGGUGGACAUUUAGGGAAUUGGUUAUGUAGUUAGGACCCAGUAAUAUUAAUGAUUAGGAAUUAUUGGUGUUCGGUCAGUUUACAGUUUUACAUCUCGUUAAGCAAUAUCCUAGUUGGUCCUUGAAAGGCUAAAGUUUUAAAAUAAAUGUUAGUUUUAGCUAUAGUUUAGUCUUGCUGAAAAGUUGAAAUACAUUUAAAUACAUACAUAAAGUGGACAAUAAGCUAAAUAUGAGCCAACAGUAGGCCCUUGUUGUUGAUGGCUAGGGACAGACAUUCAAAAAGCCUGAGCCUAAAUUGAUUCAGUCUUUGCAGAGUAGUCUAACCUGAUUAGGUUGAACCAGUAUGCAACUAUACAGACACCGUCUGGACUGAGGAAAUGCAGGCAAAUGCCUGCAAUGGCUCAGGCUAGAAUCUGCGGGGUGCUAAAGCAGCCCUCCCCCCUUCCCUUUUUCAGUGCUGAGCUGGGGUGGGGGGGAGGGGAGUGGCUCAGGCUCACCGUGCUCAGGCUUUUUCCUGCUUGGUGCUCAAGGGGUAGGAGUGUUGCCAAACCUCAAUCCUGAGCUAGCACUCUGAAGCAAAGGAGGGGGGAAGGGGUGCAGUGCAUGCAUCUGUUGAUGAUACUGAGCUUUUCAAUCUCCCUCUCCCUGCUUCUUUAUGCUCUCUGCAAACUUGACAGGCAGGGUAGCCAGCAGGUAGGCCUGUGCGAAGCAGCAAGUAUUUGCUUUGGAUUUGGAGGGACAGUGAUUUGAUUCGGUGAUUUGAAUCACUGUCCUGAUUUGAUUUGGAGAUUUGACCAUAGACUAUGAAUCACUAAAAUACCUAUAACUUUGUCAAUUUUUGUGCGGUUUUGGAUGAAAACAGUAGGGAUGGUAGCUCCUUCUGAGGGCAUGAAGCCUGCCAAGUUUCAAUGAAAUAGGUGCCGGGAUUUCUGUGAAAGUGCACCUCAAAACUGUUGAAAGCAAAACUCAUAUCGCUUGUGUGUGUUAAGGCAGAGUGGACUAAAAACAGCAGGGAUGGUAGCCCCUUGUGUGGGCAUGAGGCCUUGCUGCAAGCCAUCUAAUCUCUGCAAAUUGAUUUGGAGGCUUUCGAUUCAAUUUGGACUUUUUAAUGAGUCUCCUGAUUUGAUUCAGAUUCGGCCGCCAAAUCAGGCCGAAUCUCCUCUGAAUUGAAUCAGCUACCGAAGCUUUGCACUGCCCUACCGGCAGGGGGCUGAUAAUGCAGUGUUUAUCAGCCUGUCAACAAAACAAAAGCCUCUCUCAUUAGUUCAAGCUCUUAAACAGCUUUUUGCAAGAAAGGAAGGGAGGAACAUUACCAGCUGACCUGUUGAUUAACUCCAAAAAAGCCCUAAGCAGACACUGCUUGUGCCAGUGAAAUUGGAGAGAGAUGCACACAGACACCUCUCAGCAUUAGCUAGCAUACCACGUGCCAGCUAGGGUCUGUGGGACUGGAGUCCAUGCUGUGGGAGAGGGGAGGGAGGGAGCAUCCCUGUUUGAACAGCGAGAGUGGGUGGGGCAGGAAGAAGCCAGGCAGAACCUGCUGUGCCUGCAGUCCCCACUGGUGCUCUGGCUAAGGAACAGAGGGGUGGGGCCAGCCCUGUUCUCUGGAGCAGACAGCCCAGCGCAGGGCUGCAAAACAUCUGGGAUGCUGGGGGAUUCUGAUUUAACUUAAACCAGGAAGGGGUCUGGGUCAGGCAUUGCAUAAACCUGUUUGAUCCAAAUAACUGCUGAGAAGAGGAUCAGGGAGCCAGCUGCUCUCCUUCCCCCUUGGAAGCAGGAGGAUGAGCAGAGGACUCUGGGAUGCUGGACAUCCUAGAGGCCCCGGUAGGGCUAUGUACAACUCUACAGGUGUUUAUACAUAGCAGUACAAAGUGGAGAAGUUCCUUUUUGAAAUAGGUGCUAUUUUUCAGCCCUCUUUGUAGUGCUGCAAACAGCUUGAAUGGCUGUAUCCUCCCACUUGGUUAUUUUACAAGGGAUAUUUGGUGCUACAUUAUAGCACUUGUCCAGGGUCUGAAGGGAAAGUAAUCAAGGGCAUGGAGUUGAAAAAGAAAAAAUAUGGCUUUAUGAUAAAAAUUAUUUUCUUCAGAUAAGGAAAGUCCAGCGGACCUAAUCUCUUAGAGAUUUAAGCAAAGCAUUUGCUACAGUAUUCAUAGGAAACUAGCUGAUUGGUGAAGAUGAGGGUUAAUGCUGUUUUUGUAAGAUGCAUAUGGAGUUGGCUAUGGGAAAGACUAUCAAUUGAGGAGAGUGGAUCCGACAGGAGAGCUUUUAUUCCAGUGAUGCUCCUCAGGCAUUCAGCUUGGGUCCCAUCCUGUUUACCGUUUCCAAUAGUGCCUGAUAAAACAAAUGGAGGUACAUUUAUGAAAUUUGUGAAUGAGAAAGCUGGAGAAUAAUGUCAUUGUGGAGCAGGACUGGGUUAUUAUACAGGAAGACUCAGCCUCAUAAUGUGGAGCAAUAGAAAUGGUAUGCCCUACUCAUAUGAAGAGUUAAGUCAUACAUGUAGGAAACAACACUAAAUGAGAUUUGUAUUUGGAAAUGAGAACUUGGCUACAAGUUCCCAUUUCUUAGAGACGGUGAGUAAGGAAGGGCACAUUGAUUAAUUAUAAAAAUGACCAUAAAGCAGGGGUCGGCCACCUAGGGACCACAGGCUAAAUCCAGCCUGUGAAUGUGGGGCUUCAGCAGCUGGACUGAUCCAGUUCAGGUCAGAAGCAGGUGGGUGCUAAGAGCCAGAUACCACUGCUUGUACUUUUCUCAGCAACUGCCCGGGGGAUGCACCUGCUGCUGCCACUUUUCCAGGUGGCAGCAGGGAGAGCAUCUGCAGCCAGGAUAAGUACAGACAUUCAAAUACCGCGAGCCUGAAUCUAUUCAAUCUUUGCAGGUUAGUCUAACCUGCGUAGACUGAACUGGAAAGCAAGUGACUAGACAUUCACUUUUGAUUCCAGAAAUGCAAUGCUUGUAGUGCUUGUGCUGGAUGGUCUGGCCACAGCUGGACUAGAUACUAGAGGACCUCUAGAGAUCCCUGCUUCUCUGCGAUUCCCUGCCUUUGCCUCAGGCUGGGGGCUGGGCUGUAGCCAUGCCCCAUGCUUGCUGCUUCAGCAGCAAGGGGGGUGGAAGGAAAAGAGGCAGAGCCUGACUGUGGUCACCCACAGGAGGGAGGGGAGAUUAACCCUCCCACUACCACCACCUCUUCUUUCCUUCAGGCUAAUGGUGUCUGGCCAUGUCCCCUGCUCCUUGGCUGAGCAGCAAGGAGUACUGUGGAGCAGGGUUUCCCACCUCAGCCAGCCAGAGCAGUGAUAGUGCUCCAGCUAGGAAGCAGAGGGGUGGGGCCAACCCUGCUCCACUGGAGCAGACAGCCCAGCCCAGGGCUGUAAAACAUGCUGGGAUGCAGGGGGACUGAGUUAACUUAAACCACAAAGGGGUCUGGGACAGAAGUUCUAGAAACAGGUUUGACCUAAAUCAGUUAAGUCUGAUGCUACAUUCAACCAGGUUUAUCUUAAACUGGGUUUAGCCAUUUUAGAAGUAGUUUAUGUGCAUUGAAUUUCUGUUCUGUUACAGGUUUAAACUGGUUUCUGAUCACUUAAACUGCUUAUGUAUAACUUCUGGCCCUAGCCUUAAGCAGUGGCAGUAAGCACUUUCCUUAUGUAGCUGCUGGGUCGUAGCACCCAUCUCCCAUCUUACACACACUGGCUUACGUCUGACCUGAGCUGGAUCAAUUCAACCCAGAGCCUGAAAAGGUUGCCAAUCCCUACCAUGAACUACCAGGGUGAGGUGUCUGAACAAAGCUAAUAUAUUCCUAUGGUGCAUGAGGCAUGGUAUAUCUAGUAGACUCAGGGAAGCAGAUCACUGUGCAAGUUCCCAUUUAGAGAGAGUACUGGGGAAAGCCAAGGUUGAUAAUUGGGGGGAGGGGCACAGGGGGAGAAUAAGCUGAAAUGCAUAGGUUAGGGGAAUGGUGACCCUUAUCUGAGGAAAAAUUCAGAGAGAUCAGGUGCAACUUAGCAAAAUGAAGAUAGAAAGGUGCUCUAAUUACUUUCCAAAUGUGUUGCCAGGUUUUCAUAGAUGUUAGGGGCUGGAUGGGACCUUACAUGAUCAUUGAGGCUGAGCCCCUGCACUUGGGCAGGAAAGACUGCUGGGGUCACAAGACCCUAGCAAAGUGGGCAUCAAGAUGCUUUUUGAAGAUGUCCAGGGUAGAUGACUGUACCACCUCUGUGGGGAGUCUGUUCUAGACCCUUGGCACUCAACUUGUAAAGAAGUUUUUUCCUUAUGUCCAAUCUGAAGCAAUCUUCAAUUAGCCUGUAUCCAUUGUAUCUUGUCUUCCUCUGGGGGGCCUUGGUGAACAGAUGUUUCCCUAGGCCCUGAUGUAUACCCCUAAUAUACUUGUAGGCUGCCACCAAGUCCCCUCUGAGUCGUCUUUUUUCCAGGCUGAACAGUCCCGAGUCUUUCAGCCUCUCCUAGUAUGACCUACUCUCCCGACCUCUAAUCAUGCAUGUGGCCCUCCUUUGGACUCUCUCAAGAUGCUCCACAUCCUUUCUGAAGUGUGGCACCCAGAACUGGUUGCAUUACUCUAGGUUGUAUGAGGCAGGGAAAACUGCUAUUUAACCUAAGCCAUACUGUUACAAGAUCCACUGGAUACAAACUAUUCACUAUCAAAUGUAGACUAGAAAUCAGAAGAAGGGUUUUUAGCCAAGUUUUAGAGAAGUCAUUAAAAAAAAAAAGGGGGGGUGGUGGUAAGAGGGGAGAUGAAGACAGGUUGCCAAAGGGGAUAUGAUAGGAUAUGGGUGUUCUUGAUAACAGUAUUUGGUCAAUCUUAAUCUGAGUUUGUGUUAUGAUAACAAUACUUGUUUGUACAAUAUUCUCAGUAUGCUACAGGCCUCCAUUUUUUGCACACUGUAAAAACAAAAAUCAAUGUACUUUUCUGUAAAAUAUGGAGUCAGCACACCAUUCCUUAGUUUUGGCUUCAGAGCAUAGAAAGGAGAGGAAAAGAUGGAGUGGAUGCAAAUGUAGGGUCACUGGAUUAGAUUUAAGAGAACUGACAAAAAAAGAGGAGCAAGGUGAAAGUAAAAGUGAGGAUCCAGGACAGGUAUUAGUGGCAGAACUCAUUUACAACAUCCUGGUCUGAUAUCUGCACAACACACCUAGUUUGACUCAAUAUUUAUAUUUCAGUAAAAACUGAACACCCUCCUUCACAUCUCUUUACUGAACCAAGCAACCAGAACAUUUACUUAGCUGAUGCCAAAGCAGACUGGAGACCGAGCUGCCAAAAGUGAGACUUUUCAGGGUAAAUUUUGUAACUGGUGAAAGUCACAGAAUCAGUUUAUAAAUUAGAUGAAUUAGCAGUUUAGACCAUAGACCCCUCUCAACCUGUCUUGAUCUCACAGUCUGUCCUGCCACACUUGAAAAAAUAUACUAUUAUUUAGCUAGUUUAAAAAUAUUGCUCCAACACUCAGUAUUUUUCCCCAAACACGGGGCAAUAAUUCAGAAUAGACAAAUCAGGGAAACUCACUCUUGAACUUCAAACUAUGGUUUUAUAUUCUAGUUUCUGCCAAGUAACAGGAUACUAAUGUUUUCCAUACUUUUUCAGGUAAAACCAGUAAUUCACACAAGCUUCAUGCUUUCCUUGAAAAAAGAACAAAUGGAUUCUUCAGCUAGAAGAACAACUUCAGCUGACAUUAGAAUUGAGUAUGCUGCACUGAGUAGUUCCUAAUAUUUUUUCAUUAUUUUAAAAUGAUGAUGAAUAUUAAGUUUGUAUUCUCCAAGGGGAAAACCCUUAUCCACCUUCAAUCAUCAUGUGAUUUUGCUUUGAUUCAUCAAUGGAAUGGCAGUCUUCCAUAAACUGAACUUCCAUGUGGCUGAAGUUUCUUUAAAGUGUUUGUGAAGCUUUCAUAACUUGUUAAUAUUGCUUUCAGCAAGCUUUUCAAAAGUAGGAAACAGUCAAUCCUUCUGGAUCAUGGUGCAUGCAUGAGAGGUCACCAGAACUGUUGACAUGUAUGCCUAGGCACAAGUAUGGAGGAGCGAAGCUUGCCUGUACCUUCCAUCCCCCAUUUAGGCUAUUGAGACAUUAUUCAGAGGCCAGUUUGAGUCGAGACGUUCAGUGCCUCAAUCGCUGUAGUUACAUGUGCAUCCGCGAAUUGAACCUGGGGUCUCCUGGGUGGCAGACAAGGAUUUUACCACUGAACCACAACAAUAGGUUAAGAUUUUCAAAUGCUGUAUAAAAACUAGUCCUUGACAGAAUAUACCCAAUACAUUUAUUAAAAAUGUGUACUAUGACAGCUGA